ACCUGACCUACCAAUCAGGUCGAUACCCCUAUACCACUCCGAUAUCUCGAAACAUACCCACACAUAAUACCGAGGAUGAACUCUCAGAUCUUGGACAAGCUGUCCAUGACGGGACUCGGCGUAUGGUCGACGCUCGGCUUGCUCUGGCUAUCAUGGGUGGUUUACAAGUUCAUCAAGGCGUACCAAAGGGCUGUAUCCAUCCGCCACCACCCAGGCUACCGAGGCCUCUUUUCGCUGACGACCAUCGUCGGCCGUCUCCUUCCCCGUGAUAUCCCCUACGUCAACGAAUCCCUCAACUUCGCCUGGCGUACCCACAGGAAAGCUUAUAACAAGCAACGCACCUCAAUUCUCUCGGACAUUUCCCUGACGGGGAACAGCAGCUACUUUUUCUGUUCGACGCCGAGUGCGGUGAGGCAGUUGAACAUGGAUAGGAAGAUGUUUAGGAAACCGGUCGAGGUCUACAAGAUCUUGAAGUAUUUCGGGAGCAACGUUUUGGUCACCGAGGGGGACGAGUGGAGGCGGCACAGGAAGAUCGUGGCUCCGGGGUUCAGUGAUGCAGUGUUCGAACACGUUUGGCGGACGACGGUUGAGAUCUACUUUGAGAUGGCUCGAUCGGAAAAGUGGGACCGGCUCGACGUGGGCGGGGUAAGCGAGGUACCGAAUGUACCUGAGUUGAUGUCCAAGAUGGCUCUUACUGUUUUAGCCACCGCCUCGUUUGGAGCACCCUUGAGCUGGUCUCCCGAUACCAAAGCAGCGCUUCCCGAGGGUCACGACAUGUCCUUUGUCGAGGCCAUCACCGGGGUCAGCGAGAACAUGUUCUUGACGAUCGCCGUGCCGGACAUCUUGCUUUUCAACCUGCCCUUCAAGAAAUUGAGAUACGUCUCCACAGCCGUCAAAGAGCUUAAAUCGUACAUGUACGGGAUGAUUAGAGAUCGGAAACAGGAAAUCAAGAGCGGCGAGACGAGUAGUACCGUCAGGCGGGACCUGUUCAACCAGCUCAUCACGGCGAGUCUGGAGGAGGAGUCGGCCAUGGAGAAGACCCCUGGAUCUCAAGGCUUGACGGACGAGGAGUUGGUCGGAAACACCUUCAUCUUCGCCCUUGCUGGGCACGAGACCUCGGCCCAUACGCUGGCUUUCACUUUCGGCUACUUGGCAACCAACCCGGAUGUGCAGGAAUGGUUAUUCGAGGAGCUGAACCAAGUCAUGCCUGACGGUCAUCUUCCAUCCUACAAAGAUUUCGCCCGUCUACCUCGAACCCUCGCCGUCUUGUACGAGACUCUUCGACUGCACCCGUCCGUCAACAUCAUCCCCAAGUAUGCCACGGAGGACACUACGCUGCUGGACGACCCGGACAGCUGGUUCGAGGGGGAUGACCAGCAAAAGUCGCAGAGCGCCGAAGAGAUGGAAAAGGAGGAGAAGCGAAGGGUAUUUGUGCCUGCGGGAACGCAGUGUCAGAUUGAUGUUGUAAACCUUCAUCGUCAUCCCGUAUACUGGCCGAACCCGGACGCUUUCAAGCCCGAGCGAUUCCUCGGGGAUUACGAAAAGGACGCUUUUGUACCUUUCUCGGCCGGAGCCAGAGGUUGCAUCGGGAGGCGUUUCGCUGAGGUCGAGAGUGUCGCUUUCAUCGCCAUGAUCGUUCGUCAUUUCCGCCUGACCCCCGCAAAGAGGACCACACCUGCUGGAGAGACGACCGAACAGACGGCAGAGAGGCUGCUUCGUGCCAAGGGUGGACUCACGUUGACGCCCGUCAAGGUGGAGCUGGACUUUACCAGGCGGGACGGAGAAGGUGUAGCGCGACCAGAAUUUGAUUGAAAGCAGGACUGCCAGGAUGAUGCUAGGUGCAAUGCUAUUGCUACUGUAUGAUUCAAAUGUAUCGAUCAUAGUAAACACUACCAUUCUCCUAUCUGGGUCAUUGUUACUAUAGAUGAAC